GAAACUCGUAGACCGUCGGAGAUUUUGCCGUACGCCCUGUCGACCGCCAAGAUGAUGAAGCUUGUUGUCCUCGCUGUUGUUAUCUGCGCCGCCGCCGCCACCUCAUACAAGGGAGGCGACCGUUACUACGGCGAUUACGCUCCCCGUUCUGGCUACGGAUAUGGUGGCUACGCCCGCAGAGGCUACAACUACGGCUACGUCCCCAAGGCCCGCGGACGCCCAGAAGACUACAUCUCUAGCUGCAAUGGCAAAGCCUUCAGCACCACUUAUGAGGACUGUUGUGGUGGAGUUGUCUACGACAGACGUCACCAAGACUGCUGUGAUGGCUACCUCGUUAUCAACAAACCCGACCAGUGCCCAAGCCUGAAGAACUACGGCUACGCCCACGAUGCCUCUUAUAACAGCUAUAAUGCUUAUAACAGCUACGACGCCUCUUAUAGCGGCCACAAUGCUAAGGUCUAUUAAGCUAAAAUUCGGCUAUUGACUUAGAUAUUGACUUUUAGAAAUUUAGUCGGUGCGAUAGCAGGAUGAGAUUCCUGUAUGGAAAGCGAUCAGUUUGUGAUAGUUUCAUAAGUUGUUCGGUGAUUAAGGUAUUUAAUAAAUGACUAGAAUAC